UUUUUGGAUGACAACUUCUGGUUGAAUAAUUUGGCAUUUUUGAUUGAUAUGACAAAAUGUAUGGCUGAAUUGAAUGUUAGACCUCAAGGAAAGUACCAGCUUGUGUACAGAUUGUAUGAACACAUUGUUACUUUUAUUGAAAAGUUAAAGUUAGUUCAGAAACAGAUGGUUCAGAAAAAAGUAACACAUUGUGCAAUUCUUUCCACAAGACCUGUGGACACAGUGCAGCAUGAAAAGUACAAUGAACUUCUUGUCAAACUGAUCGAUGAUUUCCAGCAAAGGUUCCAGGAUUUUAAAAAGCACAAUGACUUUAUGAAAUUGCUAAGUAACUCAUUAAAUGUUGACCCCACUGAUGCUGCUGACAAAUACCAAAUGGAGCUAAUUGAUCUUCAGAAUAACUGUGAUUUGAAGAGAUCUUUUGUGGAACAUGAUUUUCUAACUUUCUACAAGUGUUACAUAUCGUCAGAAAGUUAUCCUAAUUUGACAGAAGAUGCCAAGAAGUUUAUCGCUUUGUUUGGUAGUACUUAUUGCGGUAAACAACUGUUUUCAAGAAUGAAAAAUACAAAGACGAAGUCAAGAUCUUUACUUAAAGAUGGACGUUUGACAGCCUCAUUGCGUAUAGCGACUUCAAAUGUUGGAGUUGGAGCAGAUAUAGAGUACUUAUAUAAACGCAAACAAUGUCAAAUUUCUCACUAA